CAACCUUGAACCUUUGCUUUUCUUCCCCGCGGUAAUUAAUGACCUUGCGCUUGCCUUGAUCCUACUUCCGUGGGGUCACCGCUGGUCUUUGUUCCUGUUCUUUCUAUUCUAUAUCCUAUCUCUUUCCCACGUUCAGAAUUCUCUGCCCAUUCUCGAUCAGUCGCCUCUGUGAGAAUGGCGCACUUCCUGAGAGGGAAACAGGCCGGCAUCCAAAAGGACUUUUCCGAAGGGUUGUCGCCGGACCUGUUCGCUCUCGAUGAUUUCGCUCGCUGCGGUAUCAACUCCCAAGUCAGUGCUAUUGCCUACGACCCGAUUCAGUCCCUCCUUGCAGUCGGAACCAGUGAUACGCAGUUUGGACAUGGUCAGAUCUACGUCUUCGGUCAACGGCGCGUCUCGGUCAUCUUCUCGUUGCCUCGCAAAGCCUCUGCGAAACACAUUCAGUUCUGCGCCGACAAGCUCGUUAGUGUCGACUCGAAAAGUGAGAUCACGAUCUUUUCCCUUGAGACCGGCAAGACAUUGGUUUCGUACGCGCCCCCGAGUCAUGCGAGUGCGUUAUUGACCGAUCCGAGUCUCGACUAUGCUUUCAUUGGGUUGCAGAAUGGCGAUAUUAUUGCAUACGAUCUGGACCGUGAAACUUUGACGCCCUUCAGGGUGCCCAAUCUGUGGGCUCAACGCAAUGCCCGGACGCGUAUGUGCCCGGUCAUUAGUCUCGCCUUUUCUCCUCGUGAUAUCGGCAAGAUCUUGGUCGGGUACCCGGAUGGCGCAGUGACCUUCUCUUUCAAACAAAACGUCGCACAGAAAUACUUCGAAUAUGAAGUGCCUCCAGGCGCGCUGGGUGGGAACGCGGAGGUACCGAUCUCGGACUUGCGCAGACCCAGGUUGACCCAGGCAAUUUGGCACCCGAAUGGUAUCUUCGUUUUGACUGUUCAUGACGACAACAGCCUGGUUUUCUGGGACUCGAAGGACGGUCGCAAGGUGAUGGCUCGGUCCAUUGACACCCCCAAUGUCGAUCAGCCAGGCGUCAGCCCUGAAAGGCCUUCUUCAGCGGGAGCCACUGGAUUCAAAGAUCCGAUCACGCACGUUGCGUGGUGUGUCAAGGACAACGGUGAUGACAGUGGGCUUUUGAUUGCUGGUGGUCGGCCGAAGGCCGAGUCCCUCAAGGGCCUUACCUUCUUGGAUCUGGGUCCUACUCCCAACUAUCAAACGUCUACCUGGCCUAUGAUUUCGAAGUACUUCGAAUCUCCAAGACGUGUCUCGGUCCUACCCACCCCUCCCGGAGGUGAGGUGGUUGACUUUUGCCCUAUUCCACGCAGCACUCCUUAUUUUGGUGGCGCCCAUGACCCCAUUGCCCUGAUUGCCCGCUUGUCCUCGGGAGAACUGAUCACCAUGAGCUUCCCGACUGGACACCCAAUCACACCUACAAAUAUGCUUCAUCCAUACCUGUCUUUCGUGCACCCGUUUGUGACCAAGGCAACAUUAACCGCAGUUGAUCGCUCUGCUUGGUUGGGCUUGAAAGAACGCAGGUCACAAGGGCCUAAGUUCCUCUUGGGUGGCGCAGAGGCCAAAAAAGCACUUAAACGUUUCGAAGAUCGGAACAUCAUCACCACCGCCCAUGCGGAUGGCACUAUUCGUAUCUGGGACGGAGGCAUUGAUGACGAAGUUGAAAACGGAGAGAUCAUACAAGUGGACUUGGCCCGCGCAGUAGGUCGUGUGGGCAACGUCGAAGUCACCGAGAUGUCUCUAAGUGGUUCAACGGGUGAGCUGUCUGUAGGUCUCAGAACUGGUGAGCUUGUUGUCUUCCGCUGGGGAAGCAACAAGAACUUCGGUAGUGAGCAGCCCCCAGGUGCCAACGAAGGGCCCGGUAAGUUGACCUCGAUCACUCAUCGGGUUGAUCCUGGGCUCAAGCAAGGCGUUCUUCCCCUCACUCUCCUCAACAUGCAACACGGACCAGUGACUGCUUUGAAGCACAGCCAGGUCGGUUUUGUCGCGGUCGGUUUCGAGAGCGGAAGCCUAGCAAUUAUUGACUUGCGUGGGCCGGCGCUCAUCCAUACAGCCCAUUUUUCGGAGUUGCUGAAGGCAAACAAAAGGAGCAGCUUCUUCAAACAGCGCAGCUCCGAGUCUCCCUCUCCAGAGUGGCCCACAUGUAUCGAGUUCGGUGUGCUUACGCUCGAAGGAGAAGACUACUCAAGUAUCUGCUGCUUUGUAGGUACCAGUAAAGGUAAUUUGGCGACUUUUAAAAUCUUGCCUGCGGAAAAUGGUACCUACUCGGCAGUCUUUGCUGGUGCGACUUUACUGGAUGAUAAGGUCAUCAACAUCAUUCCAAUCAACGCUGAUAGCGGCAAUCCUGCUUCGGCUUCUCCCAACGCUGUUGGAGGCCUCCGCAACGGUAUCAGGGUGAAUGGAGUAGUGGUUGCCGUGACCGUGUCAGGAUGUCGAAUUUUCAAGCCUGCGACAUCCAAGGGCGCUCAUAGGUCUUGGGAUGAUUACCUCUGUGAUUCUGCUACGGUAGUCAAGAUCGAGGGCCGCGGCUAUAGCCUUGUUGGUCUUUUUGGUGACGGAAACACCCGGGCUUUCUCUAUUCCCGGUCUCAAAGAGAUCGGUUGCAGCCCGAUCAAUCAAAUCGCCGACAUGAGACGACUUGCCGAUGCUAGUGUCUCCUCUAAUGGUACCGUCAUGGUCUGGACGAGUCCUUCAGAAGUGGGGUUGUUCAAUGUCUGGGGAGCAGGAACUGGCCUACGACCUUCUGAGGACCAAUUGUACAACCCUCAAGCAGUCGUGCCACCACGCCCAACAAUCACGAAUAUCCAGUGGAUCUCCGGCACGCAGUACAUCUCGCCGGCCGACAUGGACUUACUGAUCGGUGGUCCCGAUCGCCCACCCUCAAAGCGCAUGCAGGAACAGAUGCGGUUAGACGAACAGGAGCGUCGAAAGGCAUUCAGAGAAGGCAGGACAAACACAAACCAGUCCUCAGACUCAGGCAACCAGGAGGGAUACUGGUCCUACAUGCAGCGUCAGGUCACAGAGCGUACAGAGCGACUCAAUUUAGCUGGUGACCAGAUGGAACGAUUGGAAGAGAGCAGCAGCAACUGGGCUCGAGACGUCAACAAAUUCGUCCAGACCCAGAAGCGGAAGGCUGUGAUGGGCGCCCUCAGUUCCAAAUUCGGUCUCUAAACCGCUUUCCUGGUCAUCGACUUCACCCUUUGAGAAAGGAAAUGUGCUUCCCAAUAACCUGAUGUUGGGCUCUACGUAUUCAUACCCAAAUUCUGUCGGCGUUGGUUGAUGUUUGUGUUCCUUAGCAGCAAGGAACAGUUUCAUGAAUAGAUGACUUUCAAAUAUUGCCGAGAAGCUUGUGUAGUGC